UGGAUAAUAAAUGUUCCAUCUAUCCUCUAUCUUUGGAUAAAAAUGAGAACGUGGCAGCUAAAAAGAAAUCUGUGGCCAUGCACACCAACUAUCUGUCUUCCUGCAGCUUCACCAACUCUGACAUGCAGAUUCUGACAUCAAGUGGUGAUGGGACAUGUGCGUUAUGGGAUGUUGAAAGUGGGCAGCUGCUGCAGAGUUUCCAUGGUCACUCAGCUGAUGUUCUUUCAUUGAACCUCGCACCCUCUGAAACAGGAAACACCUUUGUAUCAGGGGGCUGUGAUAAGAAGGCUAAUGUGUGGGACAUGCGCUCGGGACAGAAUGUUCAGUCCUUUGAAACGCAUGAGUCUGACAUCAACUGUGUGAAGUGAGUGACCCGCAGCCUGGCACUUUCUGAUAAUGCUCUUAAGCUAUGUUCACAUCACAGUUCUUUCCCUCACUGCAUAACAUUGUGAACAGCAAAAAUCACAUUGAAUCUGAUAUUUUUUAAUCUGAUCUUGGCCACUUUAUCAUGUGGAAAUAAAUCGGAGAAAUAUCAGACUUUGUUCACAAUCUGACUUCACUGUAAACAGUCGGGUUGGACGUGUUUUUAUUCCAAUCUAUCAACAUUUAUCAUAAUUGCUUAUUUGGCAUGAAAAAGCUAAAGGACAACAAA